AUGACCAUGUAUUUGUGGCUUAAACUCUUGGCAUUUGGCUUUGCCUUUCUGGACACUGUAGUGUUGGUUACAGGACAAGACACCAUUCCUUCCAUUCAAGGGGCUCCAGGAGAGAGGACUGCACCGAGCACCUUGCCUGCAGACACAGCUUUCCCACCAGUAACCACUCUCAGCCCUGCACACAGCAGUCUUGCUGCCUCACCUGCACACAUCUCCAACUCGACCACCCAAGACAAUGCCUCAGAUGUGCUCAAUGCGUCCACUACACCAUCCUCUCUGACCCCUGCAAAAGGCAUUAUCUCUACAACUGAUCUCACAACAACAGGUCCUACUUCUACACAUAAUCCAUCAUGUGGAGACAAAUAUGCAGGUAUCUCUGUGGACUACUUUUAUGACAAGGAAAGUGAAACGUAUAAUGCAACACUUAGUGAAGCGAACAAUGAAACUCUUGGGUGUGUAAAGUGGGUCCAUGUCCUACAGGAAUGUGAAAAGAAGAAUAUCAAUAUAUCAUGUCUUUCAUGUUACCCUCCAUUUAAAUAUUUAUUAGAGGCACCACCAGGUAAAUAUCAGUUGAUUUCUGUUCGUGCAUUUACAGCAACACUGCAGUUUUUUCCAGGAAUCCCUCAGAAUAUGAGUUGUUCUAACUUCAGUGCACAUAAAGGAUGGGUUACCUGGGAACCACCGGAAAAUAUUUUUCAUACGUUCACUCUUUGUUAUUGGAAUCUUUCAGAAGAAAGAUGCCACACUCUGAAUAAAACCACAAAUACAAUUAAUUUGGAAUAUUUGAAACCUUUUACAAAGUAUAAGAUAACAUUACAUGCCUCUGUCAAUGGAAGAGUGGAACGUAAUGGAACUGAUGUGAAAUGUGAAGCUAAAACAAAAGCAACACAUCCAAGUAAGGUCAAGGACUUACGUGUUUUAUGGAAGACAGAUAAUAGUAUGACUGUGAACUGUAAACCUCCUGAUGACUUUAAUGGCCCCGAGACAGGGAAGUACCAUUUGAUAGUCAGUAUUGGAAAUAACUCGGCUGGAAAAGAAUUAAAAAAAGAAAAGUGCACAUUCUUGGUAGAAGGUCUUCAAUAUUCAACAGAAUAUACAUUAAAGGUUUUUUAUCACAAUGGGGAAUAUUCUGGUCAUCCAAUAAUUGUUUCAAGAUCAACAUCUUAUAAUUCUAAUGCACUGAUCAUAUUUCUGGUAUUUCUGAUUAUUGUGACAUCAAUAGCCCUGCUUUUUGUUCUCUAUAAAAUCUAUGAUCUGCAAAAGAAAAGAUCCAGCAAUUUAGAUGAGCAGCAGGAACUUGUUGAAAGGGAUGAUGAGAAGCAACUGAUGCAUGUGGAGCCCAUCCAUGCAGAUGUUUUGUUGGAAACUUACAAGAGAAAGAUUGCUGAUGAAGGGAGGCUCUUCCUGGCUGAAUUCCAGAGCAUUCCGAGGGUAUUUGGCAAGUUUUCUAUCAAGGAUGCUCGAAAACCCUUUAACCAGAAUAAAAACCGUUACGUUGACAUCCUUCCUUAUGAUUAUAACCGUGUUGAACUCUCUGACAUAAACGGAGAUGCAGGGUCCAACUAUAUCAAUGCCAGCUAUAUUGAUGGUUUCAAAGAACCCAGGAAAUACAUUGCUGCACAAGGUCCCAGGGAUGAAACUGUUGAUGAUUUCUGGAGGAUGAUCUGGGAACAGAAAGCCACGGUUAUUGUCAUGGUCACUCGAUGUGAAGAAGGGAACAAGAACAAGUGUGCAUUAUACUGGCCAUUGAUGGAAGAGGGCAGCCGGGUUUUUGGAGAUGUGAUUGUAGAGAUCAACGAGCACAAAAGAUGCCCGGAUUACAUCAUUCAGAAGUUGACCAUUGCAAAUAGAAAAGAAAAAGCAGCUGGGAGAGCAGUGACCCACAUUCAGUUCACCAGCUGGCCAGACCAUGGGGUCCCCGAAGACCCUCACCUGCUCCUCAAGCUGCGCAGGAGAGUGAACGCUUUCAGCAACUUCUUCAGUGGCCCUGUCGUGGUGCACUGCAGUGCUGGUGUUGGACGCACAGGCACCUAUAUUGGAAUUGAUGCCAUGUUAGAAGGCCUGGAGGCAGAGAGCAAGGUGGAUGUCUAUGGCUAUGUCGUCAAGCUAAGGCGACAGCGGUGCCUGAUGGUUCAGGUGGAGGCACAGUACAUCUUGAUCCAUCAGGCCUUGGUGGAAUACAAUCAGUUUGGGGAAACAGAAGUGAGCUUGUCUGAGUUACAUCCAUAUCUGUCUAACAUGAAGAAAAGAGAUCCACCCAGUGAGCCUUCCCCACUGGAGGCUGAAUUCCAGAGACUUCCUUCAUAUAGGAGCUGGAGGACACAGCACACUGGGAAUCAAGAAGAAAAUAAGAGUAAAAACAGGAAUUCUAACGUCAUUCCAUAUGACUUUAACAGAGUGACACUUAAACAUGAACUGGAGGUGAGCAAGGAGAGUGAGCACGACUCAGAUGAAUCCUCUGACGAUGACAGUGACUCAGAAGAGAUGAGCAAAUACAUCAAUGCCUCCUUUGUAAUGAGUUAUUGGAAACCUGAAGUGAUGAUUGCAGCUCAGGGACCACUGAAAGAGACCAUUGGUGACUUUUGGCAAAUGAUAUUCCAAAGAAAAGUCAAGGUGAUUGUUAUGCUGACAGAGCUAAAGAAUGGAGACCAGGAAGUCUGUUCUCAGUACUGGGAGGAAGGAAAGCAAACAUAUGGAGACAUAGAAGUUCAUAUGAAGGACACCAAUAAAUCUUCAGCCUAUACCAUCCGUGCAUUUGAACUGAGACAUUCCAAGAGGAAAGAUCCACAAACUGUGUACCAGUACCAAUUCAAUAACUGGAAUGGGGAAGAGCUGCCCGUGGAGCCGAAAGAAUUAAUCUUAAUGAUUCAGAAUCUCAAACAGAAACUUCCCAAGAAGAAUUCCACUGAAGGGAAUAAGUUUCACAGGAAUGUGCCUCUCCUCAUUCACUGCAGAGAUGGAUCUCAGCAAACAGGAAUAUUUUGUGCUUUGUUAAAUCUCUUGGAAAGUGCAGAAACAGAAGAAGUGAUAGAUGUUUUUCAAGCAGUAAAAUCUCUACGCAAAGCUAGGCCGGGAAUGGUUCCCACAUUUGAGCAAUAUCAAUUCCUGUAUGACAUCAUUGCUAGCACCUGUCCUGCCCAGAAUGGGCAGGUGAAGAAAAACAACCAACAAGAAGAUAAAAUUGAAUUUGAUAAUGAAGUGGACAAAGCAAAGCAGGAUGCUAACUGUGUGAGUCCACCUGGUGCCCUGGAUAAGACCCCUGAAGGAAAUAAAGAAGAUGAAAGUUCUAAACCCGCAAGUGGCCCUGAGGGGCCAGAACAUUCCGCCAAUGGUCCAGCGAGUCCAGUUUUAACUCAAAGUGCAUAG